CAAGCACCCAUGAUGGAAAUCCACCACCAUCCAAAUUCAGUCUGACCAGUUACCACCACCCAGGAACACGAGAACAUGGCUCUACGCAUGUUCGUACAGUUCCCGGUAACCUCACCCUUCUCGCCACCCACAAAAUCCGGUAGCCUAAACUCACCCGUACGGUUGAAACUGCCAUGUUCCGGUAGCCACUCAAUUCCCCUAUCCCAACCCAGACGGCCCCUAACACAGAAGAACAGAAGACAAUCAUUUCUCAGAGCCGUCGACGAAAGCCAGACGAAUUCCGAGUCGGGUGCGGAAUCGGUGAGCACCGAAGACGAAUCGGCCGCGGAAGGAGAGUCGGCCGUGAGUCAACCGGUCGAGUUGAGCGAGUUGGGGAAGGAGAUCAAGGCAGCGAUGCAGAAGAGGAAGGAGGAGAAAGAGGGGGACUUUUUGAGCGGAGUGGCGGAGGAAGUUAGGGAGAUCGAGUGGCCGGCGUUCGCUAAGGUGUUGGGAACCACCGGGGUGGUGCUCGGCGUCAUUGCCGGCUCCAGCGUCGUUUUGCUCACUGUCAAUGCCGUUUUGGCUGAGUUUUCCGAUCAGGUUUUUGUUGGGAGAGGGGUUCAGGAUUUUUUCAGCUGAGACUCAGAAUGAGAGAGGAGUGAUAAUGUUGGGCUUCUGGGCCCACUAUCAUACCCGGCCCGGCCCAUAUGUGUUGUGUUGUCUUCCUGGAAGAGAGACAGACCGUACAUCAUGUAAUGGAGACUCAUUUCUUUGUGUUUCACGAAAGGAAAGAGAAUUUGAUUUCCGAACGCGGUGUAUUAAACCAAGUAGCUAACAUAAAACUUUGCUAAGAUUACGGAUCCUUCAAAAUUUGUGGUUUAACUUUACGAAUUUGUGUUUUUCCCCUGAAAUUUUUACCAAUGAAAGAAAAACAUAAUUAAAUA